UCAACCAGAUUCGAAAGAAUACGCAGUCAGCAGAAGAAAUCGAAAUCCCACCUCCUGCACCAUAAACAGGAUGGCAGACCAAAAUCUAAGGUGCUAGCUUCUGAAUCGGAGCGAGUUAUAUUUAAUGUCAGUGGUCUUAUUUUUGAGACAUAUACCAGCACAUUGAGCAGAUUUCCCAACACAUUGCUAGGCGAUCCAGAAAAACGGGCACAAUUCUACGAUCCUGUGCGAAGACAGUACUUUUUUGAUAGGCAUCGAGAAAGUUUUGAUAGCAUUUUAUUUUAUUACCAAAGUGGUGGCUUUAUUAAGCGGCCGUUAACUCUGCCCCUUAACUUGUUUCUCGACGAAGUCGGUUUUUUCCAGCUUGGUGAUGAUGUCAUGCAGCUUUUGCAAAAGGAUGAGGGUCUGAAGCCUACAGAUAGCAUCAGAUGGCCCCAUGGUACUUUACGGCGACGUCUUUGGCUGUUUAUUGAAUAUCCUUUGAGUUCUAGAUGCGCAAAAUGGUUCUCACUAUUUUCAGUUGCAAUGAUUGUGGUCUCCGUUAUUUCUUUCUGUCUGGAAACGCUCCCCAUGUUUAUCACCUAUCAAGUGGAUAUGAAUCACUCAGUUCCAAAGAUUGUAAGAGAAGCUGUUUUUUUUACUGAGCAAUUCUUUUACGUUGAGGUCACUUGCAUGCUUUGGUUUACCAUCGAAAUAGGCCUUCGCUUUUUCAGUUGCCCCAACAGAUACCUGUUCUUCAAAUCUGCCGGGAACAUUUUUGACAUUGUUUCGGUUUUACCUUUUUAUAUUGCACUUAUAAUGCUGUAUUUUGAGGUUUCAAUCACUUCAUCUACUAUGUACCUUCGAAUUUUGCGAUUCUUGCGCCUCCUUCGAGUCAUUCGUGUUCUUAAACUUUCGCGUCACUCCACUGGCCUACAGGUACUGGCUAAAACUAUAGUGACAAGUGGCCGUGAGCUUAUCCUUUUGCUAUUUUUCCUUGUUGUUUGCGUAGUGAUUUUUUCCGCCAUGGUUUAUUAUGCUGAGCUUGACUCUAAUUUAAAUAGCUUUACCAGUAUUCCUGAAUCUUUCUGGUGGGCUGUAGUGACAAUGACAACUGUUGGCUACGGGGACAUGCAUCCUCAAACAUCGUUGGGAAAAUUUGUUGGAUGCGUUUGCGCUAUAGCCGGAGUUCUUGCAAUUGCUCUACCAGUUCCUGUUAUAGUUUCGAAUUUUAACUACUUUUACGUAAAGGAAAAGGAGAAUGAACUACUUAUAAAAAUGAUUGUUUUAAAAGAACAAAACGACAGAAUGCGAGAAGGCAAUAAGUCGCCCAAGUCCAAGGCACUUAAGUUAAUGCACAGACUGAAUUACAGCACGCCCGAAGUUGAGGAAAAAUUACAAGACAACAGUGAAGUCAUAAACUAG